ACAGAACAAUACAACUUUUGGAGAAUGUCAAAGGGGUGAAAGUUAUUUUUGGUCCAUAGAAGUUUUUAUUUAUAGAAAUAUUUAGAUGUGUUGAGAUUUUAAUUAAAAAUAAUAAAAAACACAUACAUAUACACAACAGACAGACAUCAUCACCUGAACACAUUAAACACAAGCAGCUGUUUAUUGUUUUUAUUGUUGUUGGUAGUGAUACGUUAGUAGUUUUAUUUAUUUCUGUUGGUUGGUCAUUUUUGUUUUCGUUAGUUUUGCAUAUUUUAGCUCUGCCAGAGAUUCAAACACAACAAUCGGGUUUGUAGGGUGAACUUCAUAAUAAGUUGAAUAAAAGUGAAAUUUUUAUCUUUUUAUUAUUUUUCUGCAACUGCUGUAUCUUCUUUAUUGUUUAUUUUUCUUUUCAACACAAACAAGUUUUUGUUUUCUUCACCAAAUGCACCCAGUUGUAGAAACCGAAACGGCAGUAAUAAUAAAACCGCAAAUAAAAUAGAAAAGAAACAAGAAAUAGAAGAAAAUCUUAUUGGAAUAUGGAAUGUGCGGAAGCAUUAGAAAAUUAUGCCACCAACAACACCAUGUAUAAGAAACAGAAAAUAAGUGAUGAUAGUGGUGUCUCUGAAAUAGAUGAUACGAUCAAUGAUUCAAACGAGGAGGAAGAAAAGCCAGAAAAUGUUAAAGUGCAUGAAUCAGAAGAAGAAUCCUUGUGGUGGACCAUACCGGAUCUGGUUUUGCUGAAAAUUCUGUCAUUGCUCAACAUUAAAGAUGUGGCCAGUGUGACUGCCACUUGCAGUCGUUGGUACGAAUUGGCCAACGAUGACUUAAUGUGGAAACGUCGCUUUCAGGAACAUUUUCGCACUGACCCCACCAUACCUCUGAAACCUGGUGCUUCUUGUUGGAAAAAUGAAUAUGUGCGUUUGACAUCCCGCAUACCAUUUGUUCAGUCCCAGUGUCUAACUGGACACGUUCAUCAAGUUUUGCAUGUUAGUUUUUCGCAUAAUGGUGAAAUGUUUGCUACCUGUUCCAAGGAUGGUAAUGUUAUUAUUUGGAAUUCCGGUCACCCAUGUAGCGAAAAAUAUUCGCAUAAUAUGAAACAAUUCAGUUGGAAAUAUACACAAUACUCACAAUUUAAUCAAAGCGAUACGUUGCUCUUAGUAUCCGGAGUACAUUUUGGUUCACCGCACAGUACAUCCGGAGAAAUAGCAGUAUUCACAGUCGGUGGCAAAGAUGGUUCCCACUUGCGUUGUCGUGUCUUAAAUCGGCCUUAUGAUAUAUUUGGUACCUGGUUUAGUGAUCAGUAUUUAAUAUCGGGUGAUUUGCACUGGUUGGCCCAUUUGGUAAGCACUUCGGUGUUAUGGCUAAAUAAGGCGAAUCAGGAAGUGGACUCCGAGCAUGUGCCCAUUAUGAAUCAAUUGUAUAAGUUUUACAAUCGCAAUGCCAGUUCAGUGAGAGCCAUAAUGAUGGCCAAAUGUCCCUGGUUGGAUGAGUCAAAUGAUCCAUUGGCUGAACAGAAUCUCGUUAAUGAGGCAACAGAUGAGAAUCAAGAUGUAGAAAUGCAACAAGAUGCUUUACAAAAUGAUACUGUGGGAAAUCCUCUAUCCCAUAUGGCCACUCUAGGGCAUUCCCCAUCUAGCCCUAACUCUUUGGAUAACUCUUUACCGUCUACUUCUUCAAGUCGUUCUACUUUACAAAAUGAUGAUAUCUCUAUACAUUUCGCUGAAGAAUAUAGACGUUUAUUCCAUGGAGAUGUUAGUCCUGAUGAUUCCGGCAAUGAAGAUGAAGAAGAAGAUGAAGCUAUGGAGGCGGCUGAGGAAUACGAUGAUAUGGAGAAUUCUAUACCAAAAUAUUUAAUAUUUUCGACAGGCUCCAAAACCUAUACACCACAUCAGAUUGGUAUUAAACGUAUAAAGCAUGUUACUUUUCCCAAAAAACUUGAUCCAGGUCCUUCACUUAAAGAAAGAAUUGCGGCUAAAAAGGCAGAAAAGAAAAAUCCAUUAAGAGACCCAGAUCCCGAUUGGUGGAAUUAUGAGGCUGUGGCAGAUCGUUUUGAUAAAGUCGAUAAAGUCAUUGAUUUGCAUGGCCAUAUUAUAGGCAUGGCUUUAAGUCCAGAUCACAGAUACCUUUAUGUCAACACCCGUCCUUGGCCAGAAAACUAUAUCAUAUCAAAUGCUUUGGAGCCACCACCAAUUGCCCAAGAAAUUGAUAUUCAUGUCAUUGAUCUCAUGACUCUUAAACGCGUUGGCAAUAUGUUGCGUGCCCACAAGGCCUAUACACCGAGCACAGAGUGUUUCUUUAUAUUCCUAGAUGUUUGUGAUGACUAUGUGGCCAGUGGUGCCGAAGAUAUGCAUGCUUAUUUGUGGGAUCGUUAUUAUGGCGUUUCCUUGGCUAAAUACAAACACAUCGAUGUGGUAAAUAGUGUGGCUUUUAAUCCAAAAGAUUCAGAAAUGUUAGUUACUACAAGUGAUGAUUUUACAAUUAAGAUUUGGCGAUCACGUACUAAAGCUAAAGAACUUAAUAUUGAUACUACAAAUAAUACAGAAGCAUUUGAUUUAAAAUUAAAUAAUUCUGCAUAACUUAAAGUUUGCAGAAAAUAAAAUUCAAUACAACCUAAAUGCGGCAAUAUUUAAAAAAAAAAUCAAAUAUACUUAAAUGUGAAAUUAGUUCAUUAUAGAAUCCAAGUAGUUUGUAGACAAACAAAAAAUUCUUUAAAAAAAAGCAACUGUAGAACAGUUAAAUUUGUUAAAUGUUGAAAAAUUAUUAAUGUGAGAUUAAAAAAAAAAUUAAAUUAUGAAAACUAUUGAGAUUUAAACUAAAUUUUAAAAUACUUUUUAAGCAUAAAAUAAUAGAAUGUUUUGUUUGGCAUGGCAAAUUAAAAAUAGAGAAAAUUUAAAUUAUACAUGUUACUAAAGCAAAUAUUUGAUCCCAAUUUUGUCUAAAAUAUAUUUUAAAAAACCUAUUUUAUGUUAAACAAUAAUUUUUGUGUAACUUGUUAUUAAAUAUAUAUAUAUUUUGCUAAUAAAUUACAAAAGAAAAAGACAA